UGUGAUUACAUAAAUUGUGAAUAUGUUGUGCGAUCUAAAGAGAAAAAAAAACUACAAGGAGACAGGGAAAGAAAUGGUUCAGUUCGGGAAUCAAAAAUCUGGAAUACAGUUUGCGUGUGUGUGUGUGUUUGUGUUCGUUUGUUUUGUACAGCAAGAGGGAGCGAGAUAACACCGAGCGAGUGGGAUACGUGAGUGAGUGCGCAAGGGAGAGAAGGACUUUUAAAACGUACACAGUGCACCGCAAGUUUUUAUCCAAUUAGUGUAACUUGCAUGGGGCAUGGGUUCGAGCAAAGGCGAGGUGAAAAUCAAUAACCGUGUACAACACCACCCGCGAUAGUGCUGUGCGGGGUUUUGGGUUCGUUAUACAAAACAAACGGCACACAUCAAUCAUCGCAGCAUGCCACCCCACACACUGAACGGUGCUAGGCACUGGCUGUCAAAGGUUAAAGUAAAUAGAAGAGAGCCCUGCUAUGCGCUGUGACCAAAGGAAGUGUUGGCAAGGAGCGGAAGGGGUAGGCAAUGGCAAAGGUUUUUUUUUGUACAGGUGUCAAAUACAAUGCCCGAACAGCUGAUCAUAAUAAUACAGGUGCAGCAUAGGCCCGACAGAUGCCUAUGCCCUUUUGGUGGCAAGAUGAACAACGGACGGAGACAUUUUUCGUCAUGUUGUUGCCAUUCAACCUUAAUGUUCACUCAAAUUUUACUAUAAUGUGACCUUUCUUGUGGAAUGAAUGAAAUGAGCUACUUCACCCUCCACAUUACACAGCAGUGUCAACAAAAGCAACCCCAAAAUGAGAUGAGCGGAUAAUGUAAUCCUCCCCUUUCCUCCCCCUUCCACCCCUUUCCUCCCCCUUCCACCCCUUUCCUCACCAACCGAAAGAGAGUGAGAGCGUACCACAACGGCCUCGCACCGAAAACAACAACAAGCUGAAACACAAACGCACACAACGAAGCAGGCCAAACAAUUUACAGCAGCAGCAGCAAAAAACAAACACACGCACAGAACACGAAGAACCCGACAAAAGAAGUCGUGUCGCCAUAUUGAAUCAAGAAUGCUUCAAUUACUACGCACGGAAGGGGUCGAUUCAGAGAAGAGGGUUGGGGUGAGAGAUGGGCGAUGACAGGUAGUAAGAAGAAACAAAUAGCCUACACACAUUUUCUCCCACCCCCCGCCAGUGGGGUUGACCACAUGUGUGCGAAUGUGUGUAGCGGGUUGGUGGUGGUGUGGUGAUUGUGGCGAUGGGUGUCUGUCUUGCCGCGGUGUGUGUACGAUGUGUGCCCUUUUUCUGCUUCCCUUGAUUCGCUGCUAAUCGCGAAGCAGACGACGGACGGACGGGCCUAUACACGGGGGCCUCUUCGACGCGGUCGUCUGUUUCGCUUCAGAAUCCAUCCAACCAGUCCAGCUCAAGGGGGGACUCCGUGCUGCAAGUGUGCCGUAGUUUGUGCUCUGUUGCUUCAACGUAGGGGCUUCCCCAUUAGCCGGGAGUGUGUCGUCUGUCGAUGGGUUCAUGCAAAGUAGGAAGUAGAUCAAUUCAUUCCGGGGGAGGUGUCCGGGAGCAUUCGGGCAAUCAGUGUUAAGAGGUAGGGUGGUUACAACCCUGAUUUCUUGUUUCUAGUCGAUUUAGGAUCGUGUCCGGUUGCUGUUGCGUAAAAUGCAGUCAGGACUGUUUGGCAAAGUGUAGUUGCUGUUGCCGUGGUAGUGAGUACACGGUGCAAGUGUAGUGUCGAUAGUGGCAAGUGAUAAACGUUUGACAAGAAAAUUGAAAACCCCAUCUAGAAGGCGCAGUGCUAGAGUGACGGCGUUACGGGGUGCAUACGUGUGCGUGCAGUGCGCGUGCAUCCUCCAAACAAAGGAAAGUGCUGCCGACCACACACUGUCGCCGUUAGCCAAUGUAGAGUCAUCCCUUCCGGUAGACCCUCCCGCCUGCCCGGAAUCGCUCGCUGUGCGUUCUCAAUUAUAUUGGAGUGCGUUCCACACACACUCUUUCUUCCAGCCGUGUGUGCUUGUGCCCUCAGGAAGCGUGAAUUCAAUCUCCACAGCAGUCAUCGGUUUGCCUUCAAUUCAUCCGUGUGAGGUUCACGACUCCCUUGAACCCUGUUGCUGCUGCUGAUCGAGUGGGUUGCGCCUGUGUGUUUGUGUCGGUGCUCUCUCUCUCUCCCUAUCGCUGUGUGUGACGUUUGUUGCUUCUUUGUUGGUUAAGGCGAGACCGUUUUCUAUUGCGUAGUUCCUUGCCUUCCUGCGCUGGAGACACAUCGCAAAGAGAGGAGGAGGACAACCGCAACAACGAAGCAGUGUUUCGUUGACGGGCGCUCACACACCAACACAAACACAGAUCGGGAAGAGAAGAGAAGCUAGAACCACCCCCUGCGCGAUCGGGACAGCGGUUGCUAAGCGUGCGCCGGAAUUUCUUCGCCUGCUGCGAGUGAAAGGGCAACAGCGACAGCAACAACCGUUACGAAAUUCCAACCGGAAGUGAGCCCAACGCAGACGGAGGAAACACCACCAGCUACGACAACGCACGCGACAACGGCACGGAGUUAGCACGAUGAAGGCACGGAACGGAGAGCGUUCACCGUCGCGGCAGAAAAGCUCCGCCAAGGAGCCGAACGACAAGAUGAUGAACCAGAUUCAGCUGGUUCGCAAUCGAUUCGAGGUAAGGCUUGAACUCUCCCUCGCCGGAUUAAUGAACAUGUACGUUAUUUUGUAGGAAGGGUGGUGUAAUGCUUGAACGAAAACGAUUCUAGGAAGAGCGUGAAAACAUAUCGAUGGUCCACGCAUUUGUCCAUUACGCCAAGACGAGUGCUUUGUACGCUGAGAAAGAGCAAAUAAGCUAACCGAGCAAUUUACUCACCUUGAAUGUGUGACCGUGGUCAGCCUCUUCCUUUCCGGUUGUUAUUCGUGGCGCAAUUUCCCGAAGUGCAAUUGAUCUGCCAUUUCAAAUGUGAUCGAACAUCGAACAAUUGCGAUGGAAUGCAAUGGCAGAAAGAAAAAUGUCCUUGCUUUGGAACAUUUUUGUACCCAUUGAUGUGGACCCAUGGGUGGCUGAAUCGUUUUUUACACACUUGACACACAUUCAUACUAGAAAGCGAUACUUUUCUACAGUUGUAAUAGCCCGAAAAGGCAUUAAAACACUUUGGUGCUUUGUUAUCAUUAUCAGCUCCUUUACUUGGUGAGUCGUUUUCUAAUGAGCAGUUUGAAAAUAGGUGCAUAUUAAAAAAAAUGAGGUUUUUAAAGCUCAAUCUAAGAAAUUAGCAAAUCUGAUUAGCAGCAAAAUUUAACUUCAACUUUGAGUUUGUGUUCUCUUCGUCACAAUAUUGCAUCUCCCUGUUUCUGUAUUAUCGUACCCUGUCGUGCGAUGUAGGUCAAACUUUUGCACCAUGCUUUUGCACACACAAAAAAGAAGCGCAGUCGUAAACACGAAACCUCUCCGACAUCCCCCAGAUACGGCUUGUGUUAUGAAAAGGUGUCUCGUCGAAGGAGAAAGUAAGAUAAUACGAUGUGAUCAUACGUAUGUGCAGUGAAGGAUGGGAGGAAUCGUGUUAAUCCUCCCGCUGUCUUCUCCCAUGGAACUUUAUUUGGCACACACCCUCUUCGGAUUUCAAAAAGGAAGAAGAAUAACUCCCCACUUGCGGGAUGUAUUACAUACCAACUCAGGACCCAACUGCAACUCAUUUCCAUACGGUGCUGAAAAAUAUAAGUCGAGCUAACGCGGCGGAGAGGGUGAAAAGGCAUACUGUUGGGGUUGGCUGGUGCGCAGUUUCUUAAAGUAAACAAAAUCUUGCCUGGGAUGCACUUGGGAUGCGGCGGGGCUGCAGAUAACACCAACCAGCGACCCCUUGCCAAGGGAAGUGGCACGAAUUUAGGUCAAGUCAAGAGUCGUUAGAUCCAAUGCCAACAAAACCUCCACCCAAAUAGAACAAAGUGUGUGUUGAAUGUUGGGACUUUUUUGGAGUGAUGUUUUCAUUUAAAAAAAGGCUGGUAUGUGCCACAAUUUUAAGGAUUAUCAAAGCAACUAUUCAUACUUUUUUGAGUUAUAUUUUAUCAAAAAAACUGCUGCAUUCAAAUACAACAGUAACUACCCGUGUGUGCAGUGCUAAUGCUCAUCCAUCCUUACUGAAGUGCCAUGUCUGCAUUUUUGUUAUCGGUUUUUGAAGACACAUGCGCUCUACAAAGUAUCCUUCUUCGUCAUGUCUAUAUUACUGUUUUACCUCGUCCGUUAGUAUGGUACCAAUGGGUUUCACAAUAGCCAGAUUCUUAAAAAGUAAAUCUCCCUAAAACCCAUUCCAUUUAGUUAGUAACAACAAGCAUUUUGUCUACAUUCUCUCCAGCUGCACGGGUUCCCUAGUUUCUAUGGCGCUUACUUAAGCUUCUUAAAGCGUUACCCAGCAGUUUCCCCCAGCAUUCACUUUGUGUACCUAGAAUCCUUUCGUCACUAAUGACUGUUGCUUCACCACGCCACGGUCUCGGAAGGGAAGGACUGGCUGGAGUAGUGUCGGGCGUUGUCAACCAGACCGUCACGCUGCCCGCAGAGGAUGCUUGAGGGUGAGCCAAUGAGACAAAAAACACCCCAGCGAGCAGGAGCUGAUGUCUGUCGUCUGGAUCCCUUUCGGGUGCGUCGUGCAAACGACGCUGUUCUGCUGGUUUUUUGUUUGCAAAGCGUCGUCUGGCUGCGUAUGCUCGAUGAUGGCGACGAUGGUGGUGCUGGUGAAGGUACUACUCCAUAUAAAGUUUAAUACCUCAUCCGUUUCGUCUCCGCUCCAACCAACAGGAGCACCACACGACUGUCGCGAGCUGUCCCAAAUCUGGCUUCGGUUCGUCUUCGGCGGUUUUCGUGUUCCGUUUUCGUGUCAGCAUCAGCAUCUGACGUGGCAAACCCUCCACCGACUAAUGCCAAGGAAAGCUAAGUCCUCGCCUCUUGCCUUGCUCUCUACCCUGCCUUGCCCUUUAACCGUACACUACCACCUUCGGGCUGCACUGGAUCGGGCGUUCGGGCCUCUUUGUGUGCACAACGUGUGCAUUCGCCUCACACCAACAUCGUCCUGCGUGGUCCUUUCCAGUCACAGCUCAUCUCCCCUGCAGCACCUCGUUGGGCUCUUGAUGGUGGGGGGGUUGCUCUCAUUCAGAAGCGACGUGAAACGGAAUCCCCGUAGCAGGAUCGGUACGCCCAUGUAUUGGGUUUCUCCGCCACUUCGUUCGCGUGGUUUGCGAAUGCGUAGGGCAGCACUUGUUUCUUCUUAGUCUUAGCACUCGGGCCUGAUGGGACCUGGGUCUUGGGUUUACCAACACAGCACGGCGAACGAAUACCGUUCUGCCGAACUAGCAAUGCGCGCGGGGUUGCAUUAUUAAACUAGUUGUGUUGUCUCGACGGCACAGGGCACACACAUCCUGAGCGACUGGAGUGCGAGGAUAGACAUCUUCCCCCGGCUGUGCUUUGUACUUUCCUGCUCCUUUUUCGCGCAGGACACACGAGACAAAGAGGAACCUGUGUUACCAGUGCAGAAUCCUUGCACGAAGCGCUUAGGAGAAGAGGAACCGUUAGUGUGGCAGUUUUUCCCGGAAUCACUUCAGUGCUGCUGAUGUGUGCAAUAACGAACAACGGUGCUAGUUUAUUUUUUUGAGACUUUUAGGAAGGAUUUUGAAACCAUAACUCAGGAAAUAGGAAACCAACCACCAGCAAAGUGUUUUCACGUCUUCAGUUUUCUGUCUCAGGGAUAGCUAGCAGUGUGUGCCUUCUUUGUAUCCACUGUGGAAAUUAUAAGGUGACCAUCAGUGCUCCUACGAAAACCACGGACUGUCUCAAAACUCAUCGCCCAAGCUAAUCAUAUCCAUCAAAGUUAUCCGAGCGCGCCUCAAGAUGAAUCGUUACCAUCCCAGCCAUUAUUCCCAUCAUAACCAUCACCAUCAUUACCAUCAUCAUCAUCACCAUCACCAUGGAAACGGAUCUCGCGGGACGCAUCAACAGCAGCUUCAGUACUACCAACAGCAGCAGCAGCAACCCCAGUAUCUUCAUUACCAGGAACAGUAUCACAGCCAACGUAGCUACGAUGUCUACAGCCGACGAGCGCAGCAGCAGCAGCAGAAAUCGUGCAUCAUCCCGGAUGAUGAGAUCUCACGAAAACUACCAAAGGAAAUUCUGCUUCGCAUUUUAUCAUACCUUGAUGUAACCUCGCUUUGCCGCUGUGGACAGGUUUCUCGAUAUUGGAAUAUUCUCGCACUGGACGGCUCUAACUGGCAAAAGAUAGAUCUGUUCGACUUUCAACGAGACAUUGAGGGUCCAGUGAUCGAAAACAUCUCACAGCGCUGUGGCGGCUUUCUGAAGUAUCUGCGAUUGCGGGGCUGCCAGUCGGUCGGCAGCCACUCGAUCCGUACCCUUGCCAACUACUGCCAUAACAUCGAGCAUCUCGAUCUGUCCGAGUGCAAGAAGAUCAGCGACGUUGCCAUACAGCAGCUCAGCAAGAACUGCGCCAAGCUGACCGCGAUCAAUUUGGAGUCGUGCUCGCAAAUAUCCGACAGCAGCCUUAAGGCACUCUCCGACGGGUGUCCGAAUUUGUCCGAAAUCAAUGUAUCCUGGUGCAAUCUAAUCACGGAGAAUGGCGUCGAAGCGCUCGCUAGGGGAUGCAACAAGAUCAAAAAGUUCAGCAGUAAAGGAUGCAAGCAGGUGAACGAUAGGGCUGUUAUCGCGCUUGCACUAUACUGUCCCGGGAUCGAGGUUUUAAAUCUACAUAGUUGUGAUAGCAUAACGGAUGCAUCGAUAUCGAAGAUUGCAGAAAAAUGCUGCAACCUGAAGCAGCUGUGCGUGUCCAAGUGUACCGAGCUUACCGAUCAGUCCCUCACUGCCCUAGCGAUGAAUAAUCAGUACCUCAACACGCUCGAGGUCGCCGGAUGUGCACAAUUCACCGAUAGUGGCUUCAUCGCGCUGGCAAAGAACUGUAAAUACUUGGAGCGCAUGGAUCUGGAAGAGUGUAGUCUGAUCACCGAUGCCACUUUGCAGAACCUGGCAUUGGGCUGUCCUAGUCUGGAGAAGCUGACUUUAUCACACUGCGAGCUGAUAACGGACGAAGGCAUCCGGCAGCUGGCCGGUGGUGGCUGUGCCGCUGAAAGCCUUUCCGUCCUGGAGCUUGACAACUGUCCACUGAUCACUGACGCAACGCUGGAGCAUCUAAUAUCCUGUCACAAUCUGCAACGGAUAGAGCUGUACGACUGCCAACUCAUUUCACGCAAUGCAAUCCGUCGUUUAAGGAAUCAUCUUCCCAACAUAAAGGUUCACGCUUACUUUGCACCGGUUACGCCGCCACCAACAAUAAACGGUCCGCGCCCUAGGUACUGCCGGUGUUGCGAGAUUCUCUGAGAUCAGGCGAUUGGCUUAGCCAGAAAAGUGCUCUGCAGGAGUAGAGACGACUGAUAUUUAUACUUGUAACCGUAGCAUACACCUUUCGGAUUUGAUAGAACACCCCAGGGGGCUGGUAGGAGGGUCUAUCGCAUUGUCGUUUGUGCACCACAAACGCUGGAGGCAUCGUGCGAAUCAAGAACCUUUCGUUAAGGGCAGCUAUGGGGCACAACAUAGCCUCGAAAUACUGGCUGCUAGGCCUGGACUGAAAACUACAUACAUACAAACAUACACACACACAUACACACGAAAACUGCAUUCGCUUUGCAUGCACGGUGCAGUGCACCAGUCGCUAAUUUGAUGUCUCUGUGCCAGUGUGGCGUCAAGAAGAGCGAAACGGAACAACAUUCUACAAGAAGCUGGAUAACAUCCCACGUGUAAUGUUCGUAAACAGCUUAACGCAUGCUUUAGUCGCCUUGUGUGUGUGCGGGUGUGUGUGGGUGUAUGUGUAAGCAUUACUUAGAACAUGUUAGCGUAACACGAAAUGGGCCCUAAACAAACGACGCCGCCGGUGGUAGGAAAGUACGACAAACCGACAACCAAACACACAGAAUAUCACACCAAAAAGUAACAGCUUAUUCUACGUCGAAGUUGUGGAAAGGGGAGGGAGGAGGGGGAGGGGGAUUCAGAGACACCGGAAGAUACCAAAAGAACGGGGUUGGAACGGCAAAAAAAAAUCACAAAACAACCACACUAACGACAAACACACAAACUCUAUCACAUGUGUUCAGCAAAGCAUAAGUAUGAGGUGUGAGAUCAAACAAAAGUAUCAUACACACAUAACGUAGCAUAACGAAUCAACGUAUCGUGCAAUCAUUUGUACAUUGAACCAUUGUAGAUGCGGGAGAAUGCGGAUGGCGGUAACAAUAACAGCAACAACAACAACAACAUACCCCCUCCAAAAAUACCCCCCAACACUUGUAGCAGUUUGAAUACUUAAACAUACCGCCGAUGCACCGCAGGAAAGGUAGGAAAGUGCACACGCGUACGCAUCGAUAAACAUUUUAUGAACAGAAAUCAUCUACUACACUACUAAAACAAUACUUUAAGUGUAUGCGUGUGUGUUUGAAAGACUUGCAACUAAAAAGGAAACAUAGUAUGCAACAGUUUAGAUAAACAUAACAGCAAGAAACGAUGGGGAGAGGGGGAGAGGCGGAAGAAGCAACAACUGGUGUACUAAUAAUGCUCACGAGCACUAUCUACAUUAAGCAUCAUUACACUGUGUAGCACAUAAGCUUUUGUACUAGGUGUGUUUGUAAUGUGCAGGAGAUAGCCGGAAUUAGAAGAGAGUGAAAGAAGAGAGAGGGAGAGAAAGAGCGCAUUGCAACCAGAAUUCAUAUUUUUCAUACAAAACAGCAGAAAUGGUAAAAGGAGAAGUGAAUAGAAAAAACAGGCAAAGAAUGGACCGGAUGUGAUGACUGACCAUGGAACAAGUACACACACACACACACACACACAGGGAUGAUAGGAAAUAUGUUUUACCCGAGUACGAUGCUGGCAGAUUGUGAUAAACAAGCCCAAAAGAAAUGAGUGGGUGGGCGCUUUAUGGUUAAAAUCUUUAAUUUUCUUCCGAUAUUACUCGCUGUCGUCCAUGUUUUAAUACUGUAAAUCCGCACAAAAUGUAGCUAUGUUUUCAUACGAUAGCAUCUACCCAACAACUACUACUGGAUUUAAUUGCUACUAUUUCUAACACGGACCUUUGCUUCAUCGUACUCUUAUUCAUUUUUCCCCUUUUCGUAUGUGUGUGUGUGUAUGUUGUAUAGUGGACGGGUGUGUGAAUGUAAUGUGUGAUUGUGUUGUACAUGCGCGUGAGCUUUAGAGAAUGUGAUCUGGUAAGAGGUAGUAAUGAGAGGAUGAGGACGAGAGUUGCAGGAUCGGUUUUUUGGUAAUGACUGCGGCCGGUUCGCAGCAUAGCAUAGAAGGUUUAGAGGUCUCUCCGGAAAGGGGAGUGAGUGCAUGAAGCACGAAUGAAAGGAUUGCUGGGCAGCGUUUUGGAUCGUUUCUUGCAUCUUAUCCCGAGACAUCAUUAUCAUCAUUAUCAUCAUCAAUACUGUAGCAGUAGCAGUUUUUACACACUGAACAAAAUAAUUCAAAGAGGCCAGACACAGGCAGGGGCAGAUGAUCCGAUAGACCGGACCGGAGCUAGGGCGUGAUGAUGAUAGGCAGCGAUUAUAUUUGAUUGUGAUCUUUACAUAAGCAUAUUUUAUACAUUAUACAUACACUCGCGAGAAGCGUGGGAAUGGAACUGUGGUCACAGUGGGCACACGUGGGUAAGCCAGAAGGGUGAAAAAGCUAAGGUAGCCGAUAUCCCUUAAAUACGAAUACAACUACACAAGUACACACACACACACUAAUUGAGAGAGGUUGGAUUUAUUUUUCAAAGCAAGAGAAUGGUUUAACAUCAAUUUAUGUAUGAAAAAUGUUUGCGAACCCCUACAGACCUCGGUUCUAAUCAAAACAAACAGUGUAUUCAGCAGUUGGUACCGGUGGUUGAAUUGCAUUUUUUUCACUGUUGAUUAGUUCGUCCCGUGCUUUGUGUGCUUUGUGUUUCUCCACCUUCAUUGAGAUUGUAAGCUCCGGUUGGGUAUAUUUGUUUUUAGUUUUAUAUGAAAAAGUUAAAGCAAAACGACCCGUUGAACAAAAGAGUAGCUGUUAAGAGCUGUGUGCGCAUGUGUUUGUGUAUAUGUUUGUCAAGUAAGAAUAUACUUAUUCGUAUACGUUUUUUGUAUGGAUUCAAUUUCCCAAAAGAAGAGACUCAAAUUCGGAAAUACAACACUGUGUCAUUGCAACAAUAAUAUCUACCCCAUAAACACACACACACGGAAACAUUAAUUUCGCCCAGUAAGGAAACGACGGAAUGUGUGUGUGUGGGAAUCUAGGAUCUGUCACUGGCGUGUGAUCAGGAACAACAUCCAGUACUGGGUAGAGAUCGCGCGCACGCGUGUAGGCAAGCGAAAAUAUGGUUUAAAUAAAACAAACGAAAAUGAAAUAAACAACAAUAAUUCAGAUUAUUUUAA